AUGUAUCGAUCGGCCACCCGAGCGCUGCGACAACAACAGCGCUGCUUGCGUCAACCUGUCGCGACACAGCUGGUACCUCGCACAAUCUCAUAUGGAGCUGCGCACAUGGCGUCCAGCUUAGCACCCGUCCAACCGCCGCUCCCAUCGACCUCUCCUGCCGAGUCGUUUCAAUUGCUUAAAGAGUCGGAAAAGCCAGAUGCAGAGCAAGAGCUGUACGACCAGCAGAUACAACAGGUCAAAGAAUGGUGGGCGAGCCCGAGAUACAAGGGCAUCAAGCGGCCAUAUACACCGGAAGACGUUGUUAGCAAGCGUGGGACCUUACAGCAGGUCUAUCCUUCGAGCCUGACAGCAAGAAAACUGUUCGAUCUUCUGGAGGAACGUAAUGCCGAAGGAAAGCCUGUACAUACAAUGGGUGCUAUCGACCCUGUCCAAAUGACCCAGCAAGCACCACACCAAGAGAUCCUCUACGUCUCUGGGUGGGCAUGCUCCUCGGUACUUACGACGACCAACGAAGUCAGCCCAGACUUUGGCGACUACCCUUACAACACCGUACCGAACCAAGUCCAACGUCUAUUCAAAGCCCAGCAAUUGCACGACCGGAAACACUUCGACGCCAGGCUGAAGAUGACACCUGAGCAACGCAAGAAGACUCCAUACGUCGACUAUCUCCGUCCUAUUGUAGCAGACGGUGACACAGGUCAUGGUGGACUGAGUGCCGUGCUGAAGCUGGCGAAGCUGUUCGCAGAGAACGGUGCAGCCGCUGUACACUUCGAAGACCAGCUUCACGGCGGCAAGAAGUGCGGGCAUCUGGCAGGCAAGGUUCUGGUCCCGGUCGGCGAUCACAUCAACCGUCUGGUAGCGACCAGAUACCAGUGGGAUCUGAUGGGAUGCGAGAACCUCGUCAUUGCUCGUACCGAUAGUGAAAGUGGGAAGCUCCUUAGUUCUGCCAUCGAUGCACGGGACCACGAAUACAUACUUGGCGUUACUGAAGAUGUCGAACCUCUGGCCGAAACACUGCAAAUGAUGGAGCAAGAAGGCGCGACAGGGCCUGAGAUCGAUGCUUACGAGGCCGAAUGGGUCAAGAAGCACAAGCUCGUCACCUUUGAUGAAGCCGCUGUGGAUCACAUCAAGAAGGCAGGCAAAGAUGCCCAGGCAUAUCUCAAGCAGACGCAAGAGAACCGAAACAUGGCCCUCCAUAAGCGCAGACAAGCAGCAGCGGAGGUGGCAGGGAGCCCAGUAGUGUUCAACUGGGACACACCACGCACUCGUGAGGGCUUCUAUCACUACAGAGCUGGCCUGGACGCAGCCACCAAGCGAGCGAUCGCUUUCGCGCCUUACUCCGAUCUUCUGUGGCUUGAGACCGGCGAUCCGAGUGUCGGUAAAGCUGCCGGUUUCGCCAAGGAGAUCCGAGAGGCGUAUCCAGGCAAGAAGCUCGUAUACAACCUCUCCCCCAGCUUCAACUGGUCUGCACACGGCUUCAGCGACGCAGAUUUGAAGAACUUCAUCUGGGACUUGGCGAAGCAUGGAUUCGUGCUGCAGCUCAUCUCAUUGGCAGGCCUGCACAGCACCGCUACCAUCUCACACGAGCUGGCGAAAGCGUACAGGACAGACGGCAUGAAGGCAUAUGUCGACCUUGUGCAACGGAGAGAAAAGGAAGCAGGCGUGGAUGUGUUGACGCAUCAGAAAUGGAGUGGCGCACAGUACCUCGACGGCAUCAUUGGCGCUAUCCAAGCGGGCAGCAGUGGUAGUCGGUCAAUGGGUUCAGGCAAUACAGAGGGACAGUUCUAG